AAUCCGACUCAGUUGGUACUUUUAUUGUGUAAACGUACUUGCACCGGUUUCCGGUUGACUGCAGCAUGGCGCCAGGAGGAAGCAUAAACAGACCUAAGACUGAGUUGAAGAAAAAGCUCUUCAAAAGACGAAGGGUUUUAAGUAGACAGAAAAGAGAAAACCAUCGCAUCAAAGGGGCUGUGAUUGACAGUGACAUUGUUACCAAACAACAUUUGAAAAAGAGAUGCUCCAGCUCUAGAGCCAACAUCACCCUUUCCGGAAAGAAAAGGAGGAAAUUGUUGAAGCAGUUGGGAUAUAUGGAGAAAGAUCGAGCUGGCAUGGAAGUGGAGAAAGAGUCACAGAAAAAAGCUUCUGCUCCUGUUGUGAAGAAAACUGCAAAAACACAAUCCAAGAAAACCAAAGAAAAAGCCUCGUCUGUGGAUGAAGAAGUGAUGGAUGUUGAAUAGACUUGACUGUUUUGUGUAUGGACAUCCCAGUUUAUAUUGUUGGUGUGGCAGCUGCAGUUUACAUCAUGUAGUUAGAAAUGAAACAUUGUUUUACAAAUGAUUAAGAAAACAUUCAAUAGUGUAUUUACACUCUCUGUUUACUCAACUACAGUAUGUUAUCUGUUGACUCAAGUUUUACAGUACAUAUUUUCGCACAAAUGCUCAUCUUUGGUUCUUAACUUGUUUGAAAAAUCAAAUUUGCCUGUUUUGCUCAUGGGCAGCCAUAAGCUCUGAUCUGAAAGACCAGCAUGAGUGUUGAUCAAAUAAACGAUUACAGUGUUAAA